AUGUCCUCAACGAACGAGGAGGACCCGUUCCUCCAAGUCCAACAAGAUGUCCUCACCCAACUCCAAACCGCCCGCUCCCUCUUCACGUCGUACCUGCGCAUCCGCUCGCUCGCCACGGCAUCCACAUCACCCGAACUCGCAUCCGCGCGCUCCGACCUCGAGUCCUCGCUGACGUCGCUGGCCGACGACCUCGCCGACCUGGUCGAGUCGGUGCGGGCGGUCGAGACCAACCCGGCGCAGUACGGGCUCUCGGUGCCCGAGGUCGGCCGCCGCAAGCGCCUGGUGCAGGAGGUCGGCGGCGAGGUCGACGAUAUGCGCGAGGAGCUCGUCAAGGUUUCUUCUUCUGCUUCGUCCGGUGCGCGCCGCGGGCAGAAGGGCGGCGGCGGGGAUCUGCCGGAUCCGUCGUCUUUUGCCAUUGCCGAUGGGGAGACGGAUGGCGGUGCCGGGGCCGGGGGGAAUGAUUAUGCGGCGGAGUUUGAGCGCGAGCAGCAGGUGGUGAUGAUGCGCGAGCAGGACCAGCAUCUGGAUGGGGUGUUCCAGACGGUGGGGAAUCUGCGGCGGCAGGCGGACGAUAUGGGCCGGGAGCUGGAGGAACAGGUGGAAAUGCUCCAGGAGACGGAGCGGGUGGCGGAUCGGGUCCAGGGGAGGUUACAGACGGGUAUGGGGAAACUGAACUAUGUGCUCAGGAGGACGGAGGAUAAGUAUAGUGGUUGUUGUAUAGGGCUCUUGAUCGUAGUGCUGAUCAUUCUGUUGAUCUUGCUCUUGAUAUUAUGA